GUGUUUAAUCAUGCUACUAAAAUCCAUGCAAAAAUUUCUCCCGAUCCAGCAAUUUCCGGAAAAAGUAUUACUUUCAGUGUUUCAGGACGUCUAAAUCACGAUAUUGCGGAUAAUGGACUGGUUUCUAUCACUUUUUUUGAUGAAUCCGGGUCCCGCUUAGGAAAUAGUAGCAGAGUUCCUGCACCUUCAACUAAAGCUGGAAAUAUAUUUCGGGUAAAUGCCAAACUUGAUGCACCAACUGAUUUACCAAAUUCAUACUCCAUGCAAGUUUUAGUUGUGAAUCCAAGUAUUCUUCCCGAUCCACAAAAGGAUAUUAUAGGUUGUAUUGCAGGAUUCGUUGGUACUCCUAAUGAUAAUUCAACUAGUAAUAAAAAUGUAAUUAGUAAAAGUUUUUUUAUCCUUAGCUAA